CUAGUGUCUAGUGUGAAAAGGAUGCGAGUCCUGACAAGUGUAUCAGCUUUGAAGCAAAUUCGGAUUUUCAACCACCUUGAUUACAUCAUUUCAAGGAUAAUGUUGACUACCUUCUUAAUCACGGGCGUGCUUCUCAGCUGUAGUGUAGUUCAGUGCUUGUAUUUUGACCUAACACCGGCGGAGAAAGCAGGCUUAGUAAUGUUCUUUACGGGUACCCCGCUGGAGCUAGCGUUAUGUUGUUAUUUCGCCGAUAGAUUCAUGGUGAAAACGGACCAACUGGUUAAUGUGAUUUACAAUAUGAAUUGGUACGAACAAGGUCCUGAAUUUCGGAAGAUGGUGAUCAUAUUCAUGGAAAUGAAUCAGAAUAAAAAAGUGAUUCUGGCUGGAAAUUUAAAAGAAGUCAAUUUGGCGGCAUGUAUGGAUAUUUUCAAAUUCACUUACACGUUGAUUGCUUUUGUAUUGCAAAUGAGCGGUUGAAUCCUAGUGAAAAGAGUUGUGCAGUGUUUUAUGUUCUCAUUCAAUAUCUCGAGUUCCUUGUGACUUCAGUUGGUUAAAUUGCUUAAUAAACACAA